GCUGGUGUAGCUGCUUGAACAACUUAACCUGUUGUCUUGCAUAUACACGAAGAAGCUGAAUAUGGAGGAUUCAAGCUGGCCAGUUACUUAAGACCACUGGUCCCAGGGCUAUGGUUAGGAAUUGGGGCCAGUGCGUUGCUACGGACAACAAAACACACCACAUGUUUAAAAAGCUACGGAUAACAAAAUACAAAUGCUAAAAAAAAAUUGUAUUGGUGCUACGAAACACUGAGACGAAAGAUUUCACAGUUUUAUGAUUCAGUACCAAACUAAUUGGUGUUUGCGAACUCAGAAUGGGCACAAAUACAUGAUACCCAUAUCCUGAUUCGGGCAAUUCGGGUUUCAGUUCCCGGUAUCCGAAUAGUCUAAAUAGUCCGAUGUAGUUAAACGUAUAGAGCAGUCCAAUAUAGAAUUUUGACAAUCAGGCCCAACUUCACAACUAAAUCUAGCCCACUCUCGUAUCCCUUUGCUCGCCUCUCACAACGCACGACACGGAGCCCCCGAGGGGGACGAUCUCCACGUCGACCUCAUCCCUGCCAUGGCGUGCUGCACUCUCUCCCCCCAUACUGCCCUGCUCUAGCCGGUGCGGCGUCAGCCCCGCCCAGCCCUCCUCCAGCUCCGGCGAUCCGCGACUCCUCUCGCUGCCCAUGGGCCGGUUAAGGACCGCAAGGAACGGACGAAGAAAACAAGAAAAAAGUGAUGCGCGCUGAAUUUAGGCCUGAUGCCGCCCAAACGCGGAUGAAACGGUGUGGCCGUGUGGGCGCGGGCAUACAUAUAGCCCGGGAUAGGAAGGUUAGAUCAGGGUCGAGGGUUCCUGCUCAGAUCUCCAGCGGCGAAGAUGAGGUACAGCCACUCCGAUCAUCCCUCGCUUUCCUCCAAAGUAACUUCAGCCGCUGCGGAUGGUGAAGGCAAGGGAAACCGCCGAUCCGAUCCCGUUUCGGCGAAGCGCUCCUGUCGACCGGACUCGACACCCAGCGAAGCCACUGGUGAGGCUCCUCCUCUUUCUAGGAAGAGAAAGAGCAAGACGAUGCUGGGGAGGGACAGGAACGCCCACGGAGCCGGGGAGGCCUCUGCAGACGCUGGGAAGGGAAGAGACAUGUUAAUGGAAGACAAGGUUCACAGUACUCUUCUCAGCGUGCAUUGCUUUGGGGAUGACAACAUAGAUGAAGCCGAUGGUGCUGAACCUGCCAACGAAGUUGACCCUCCCACUAUGGACAGUGACAUUGAGCUCGUAGGAGGAGCACAAGGCAGUUUUGUCACUAAACAUGAACACACUUUUGCAGUUGACAAUUGCCAUGAUGUAAAUAUGUGCAUGGACAAAUCUAUUCCCCUUGCUAGCCAGAACUGCCUCAGGUCUGAGGAAAGUGCACGGACGCAAGAGAUGAAGCCAAACAUCCCAAGCCUAGCUAUGGAAAUUAAGGAUCCACUUGACCACAGAGAAAAACCAGCAACGCCGGACACCCUUGAGCUGAAUAUUUGUGAUGUUAGCGAAGAGAAUAUGCGUUACCUUUUCACUUUCAGACCUGCCGCAGAUUACGUUGAAGACUUUUCUCCAUACGAUGAGCAAGAGCUCACUAAUAUGCAUCGCCGGUUAGCUCUUUCUCGCAUUAAAGAUUACAAGCUAUUAUCAACUGGGGAGAAACUAGAUAUUGCAGAAGUUGCAGCACAGUACCCUCCGGAUGUUCUUCAGACUCAGGGCUACUUUGACACUAUGAGAACAGUUUGGAAUGGUACUUCCACCCGGCAUACACUGGGAUUGCUGGCCUGGAUGACUGCCAACGUUUAGUUCUUCGUGAUGAUGUAGGGUUCCUAUCUAUACUGGGAUUCUUACUGCAAUUAUUGUUAUACCUACGAGAGGGAUCAGCAAUAUGUGCAGUACUGUGAGGAGAUGAUGGACAAAAUUAAGUGGAUUGAAGACAAAGUGGGAGUUGAGGAACAGCUGUGGUGGAGAUACAACACAGUGGCUUUCAAUGAAGCAAUGAAGAUUACAAUAAAGUUUCCUACUUUGUUCAGACAUUCAGCUCUUGGCGCCUACAGUGAGUAUAAACUAAUCAUUGAACAUCGUUUUAAGAGUCGUAUGGACUUCUUUGAUGUUGUCUUCCUUGAGAUCUGGAAACGGGUUGCUAAGAAUAAUGAGGCUUUCUAUGAUGCUUUGAAGGAAAUGUAUGAGAAGGACAUGUUCCCUUCACGUAUGAAUUUUAUUAAAAUGGAAAUUGAAAAACUAUAUGAUGGUUGGAUGAAACGGGAUUAUGAUACCUACGUGGCUAGGAUUGAUAAAGAGGUUUCGGAAGAUGACUGUCUCUUCUUGAUCAGAGAGGCCUUAAAGAAAAUUUUUCCAGAACUAAAGGGCUAUUUGCACUGCGUCAGAAAGAAAAUGGAAAUCGCUGAACGUAUUGGUUUGGCUGGUUACCAAAAGAGAGAAGACAUGGCCAGUGCCGAAGCCAAGGCUGCAAUGGCAAACUGAAGGAAGCAAUGCCUUGGAUAAGAAAACGGCUUCUCGGUGCUGAAUUUGUGAUAUCAGUCUCCGCCAUGUCCUUGUGCCCUGUUAAUUUGUCAUACAGUAUAUAACAUGAUGAUUUUAUCAUCUAUGUUUGCUACCAUGUACCCUUUGGAGCGAAGUUCUUAUGACAUGCUGUAAUGGAGUUGUGAAUUAUUUUUAAUCAGGAACGCUAGUUAAAUGUGCAAAACCCGUGAGGUACAUACAUCUAAGAUCAAGAUUGUGUGUGUU